UUGUCUGCCGCUCCCGCUGCGUCGCUGUUUGAACCGUUGGCCCUCCUGCUGCUCAUCUCCAGCCUCCAUCGAUCGGUCGCAGCCAUGUCCAAAUCCAGGUCUGGAUUCCUGUUCUCCCGCAAGGCCACUGCCAACGCCGCCUCCAACGAAGCGACGCCCACCGAGACGGCACGGCUCGAGCUGACCCUGGCCGAGCAGCCCGCCAAGGAGCUCAACAUCCUGGUCAUGGGCGAGACUGGGGUGGGCAAGUCAACCCUCAUCAACGCCAUCGCCAACUACCUGAGCUUUGACAGCCUGGACAGCGUCCGUUCAGACGACGUCCUCUCCCUCAUCCCCACAAAGUUUCACAUCUACCCCGACAACAGCGUCGUCCCCGUCGAGAUCUCGUCCAAGACCCUCACGGUCGAGAAAGUCGCUGAAGCCAACUUGAACGAGGAGCUGGUCCAGGGUCAAUCCUCGACCCAGCUUGCCCGCACCUAUGUCUUCAACACCAGGCUCACCAGCGGCGACCUCGUCAGGGUGCAGCUCAUUGAUACCCCGGGCAUGGGCGACACCCGCGGAAUCGAUCGGGACAAGCAAAAUAUGCGGCACAUCAUCGGCUAUAUCUCAAACUACCCUCAGAUCAAUGCCGUCCUGAUCCUGCUCAAGCCAAACAACAGCCGGCUGACCGUGUGGUUCCGAUACUGCCUCCAGGAGCUCCUCAAGAGCCUCCAUCGCGAAUGCAUCAAGAACCUGUAUUUCAUGUUCACCCACUCCAGAAGUACCUAUUAUCGGCACGGCGACACACUCCCUGCGCUGAAAUCCCUCCUUGAGACCAUCAAGCAUGACAUCGGUCUCGAGAUCCCCAUCAAUAACACCAACACCCUCAUGGUCGACAACGAAGCGUACAGGUUUCUACUUGCCAGGGACGAGGUCGCAUUCGACCCGAGGCAGGAAGCAGACAUGCGAGAGUCAUGGAGACGUUCCUCCGAAACCCUCCACCGCUUCCUAAGGAGCAUUGCCGACACCGCCAGCCACAACACCGAGAAGACCGUUCUGCUCUUUCGCGUGCGGGCCCAUGUCCUUGAGCUGUUCAAGCCGCUGAUGGAUGUCACAGCAAACAUCGCUGCCAACAAGCGGUCCCUGGAUCAACAGAUUGAAGCCAUCAGCAACAAAUACGUCACCGUCCACCAGCUCCAAGCCGAGCGCAAGCUCACUCUACUCGUGCCACAAAAGCGCGACCUUGACGAGCCUGCCCUGGUUUGCGCCCAUCCGGACUGCAUCAAGCACGUCGAGAAGAAGGAGGACGGAGAGCUGAGAGAAUUCAAGCAGAAAUGCCACGAGGUCUGCUACCACGGCAGUUGGACCAGCGGCUGGAUCAUCUUCAGCCAGGUCCCGAUCUACUUUUGCCCAUCCAUCAAUUUCUGGGGUUAUUGUCGUGAAAGCCAGUGCGGACAUCACAUCACAUGGCACAGUAACGUCCGCUACGAUUACACAUUCAGCGUCGUCGACAUCAUCAACGAAGAGAUCCAGCGCCGCCUUGACAGCGAGCACGACGAAAGCAAAAAAAUAGCUCUUGCCAUCUGGGAGCUCGAAUCAGCCCUGCGGGACCUGAAGGCCGAGGAGAAGCGGAUCACCGCCAUUGCCGCCAGAUUUGCGGUGUUCAUUCGGCAUAACGGCAUCGUCGCCUACAACGAUGCGCUUCUCGAAUACUUGGCCAAGCUCACCGAAGAAGAGACCCCUGUGUUGCAAAGACACUCUUCCGAGGGUCCCAUCCAGCCGUUGGACAGCAUGCAAAGCCUGAGGAGCAUGAAGGAAACAUACGAGGAAGAGCAAAGGCUGUUGGACAACAGCGAUGGCGAGGCGAACGUGCCACUCCUUAGUGCGGAGGAAAUUGAGGCGCUCAUCAACGAGCUGCCCAGGCUCAAGCACUCUGGCGAGUUUUUCUCAACGUUCCAGGAAUCCCAGGCGCUUCGGACCCAGGCUGUGAGUCUCGUUGUUGUCCAGCCCACAGUGCCAAAGCGCCCCGUCAUUCGGUGAUCCAAUCGAGUCUGCAGGCCUGUCAUGCGGCUGGUGCGUUCGCCAUGGAAUACAGCGAUUUGGGAAGACAAGGGGACAAAUCGUCUCGUUCGGACCAAUACACGCAGCCGUGGAUCAUAU